CAACCAACUAAAAUUGAACAAAGAAACUUCAUCGUAAUUUAAACUAAAAUAUAAAAGUAUAACCUGGAAAUUUGAAGUCUCCUACCAAAUACAAAUCAACAAAAACACACAUUCAAGAAAUGCUUAAAGAUUUAGCAAACAAAUUAGAAUGAAAAAAGCAAACAAAAAUCCUGCAUAUCUCCUAGUUACUACAUUUUACUUCUUUUGUCAUUCAAUUAUUGUGCAUAAAUGUGUUAAUGCUCAAAUACCAGGUGACUACAUAGUAAGCUAUUGUUCAGAUUACGAGCAUUACAAUCAACGAAGCGAAUUCCAAACCAAUCUUUAUCUUCUAACAUCUAGUCUCGCCUCGAGAGCAAACACAACCAACUUCUACAACUUCACCACAGGAGACACACCUGAUCAAGUUUUUGGCCUUUUCUAUUGUGACAGCCUUGGCGGAAAUCAGACAUGCCAAGAAUGUGUCGCAAAUGCUGUUGGAGAAAUUCAGCAGAAUUGCCCGUUUAGCAGAGAGUAUAUGGUGUGGUAUGUGGGGUGUAUGGUGCGAUACUCAAAUCGCGCUAUAGUCUCCAUUAAUGAUGUCUCUAUAUAUUACAACUUCAUGCAUCCUCCUAUGAUUUAUAGUGACUUAAACCAAACAUUGUCAAGUGCUUUCACUAGACUUAUCAAUGAUGCUACUACUACUAGCAAUGGGAAUUCGUCAAUUAAGUCAGCUACAGAUGUGGUUGAUGUUGCACGAGAUUUGUCAUUGACAGGGUAUGUAGAUUGCACACCUGAUUUGAGCACCACAGAUUGUAUGAACUGUUUGCAGACAGCUCGUAGCAGGUUUCCAUUUCUUGGGGCUUUUAUUGGAGUACUUUUACAACCGAGUUGUAAAUUGGUGUAUAUUUUGAAUGAUACUAGAUCAUUCAAACCAGGAAAGGAGAGACAUGUUGCAUUAGGUAUUACCUUAGCAGUUGCUGGUGCGUCUUUGGUCUUCAAUGUCGUUUUUGUUUUCUGGAAGAGAAGAAAGCCUGUUGUGAAGCCUACAGGGUUGGAUGAAAUCGAAAGCAGGGAAAAUUUGCACUUUGAUUUCAAUGCAAUUAAAUCUGCAACAGAUAACUUCUCCCCGUCCCAUAAGCUUGGACGAGGUGGAUUUGGAGUUGUUUAUAUGGGCACUCUUUCAGACGGUCAGGCAGUGGCCGUAAAGAGGCUGUCAAUUGGUUCAGGCCAAGGAAUUCGAGAGUUUAAGACUGAAGCCUCUUUAGCUGCCAAACUUCAGCACAGAAAUCUUGUUAAAGUUUAUGGGUUUUGCUUGGAAGGAGAUGAGAAGUUGCUGGUCUAUGAAUAUGUGCCUAAUAAGAGCUUAGAUCGUUUUUUGUUUGAUGCAAAACGAGGAGCAAAUUUAAAGUGGGAAACUCGUUAUAAAAUCAUAGUGGGAAUUGCACGAGGCCUAUCAUACCUCCAUGAUGAUUCCCGACCCAAAAUCAUUCAUCGGGACCUCAAACCAAGCAAUGUUUUGUUAGACGGAGAGAUGAACCCUAAAAUUGCAGACUUUGGCAUGGCAAAGCUAUUUGGAUCAGAUCAAACUCAAGGAAAUACAAGCAGAGUUGCAGGAACAUUUGGAUACAUGUCUCCGGAAUAUGUAACAACAGGGCAAUUUUCAGUCAAGUCAGACAUUUUUAGUUACGGUGUCAUACUCUUAGAGCUCGUUAGCGGACUGAGAAAUGGCUACUUCGAUCCAAAUGCAGAAGAUCAUGAGAAUUUAUUGAAUUAUGCAUGGAGACUAUGGAAUGCGGGGGAUCAUUUGAAGCUGGUAGAUUCAGCACUGGGGAAUAAUUAUUCAAAAGGCGAGGUUGAAAGAUGUAUACAUGUUGGAUUAUUAUGCACUCAAGAAGAUCCUGCUAAAAGACCAAGUAUUGCCUCAGUCUUGCUCAUGCUUAACACUCAGCCUGUUACGUUCUUGCUACCUACAUCUCCUCCUGCAUUUCCUUACAAGAAAGAGAAGCCAAUCGUUUCUCUUGAAAGCCGUGGUAUUGUCGUAGAGGAUGUCAUCAGUGACUUGUCUCCGCGUUGA